CAGUUUACAUUGAUGUCCUGUUUAAACUUAACAAGAUAAGGAUCUGUGAAGGAUUUUAAAGGAUACUUCUCUUAUUUUGUUUGUCAAAAGACACUUAUAGGGUAGAGUCCAGAUGCUCUUUUUCAAGUCCACAGAAAAAUAAAAACGACACCGCGUCAUCACACGAAAACCGCGACAUCUUGUUUCCGUUGGUGGUUCAGCGUUCAGCCGUUAACUACCGUGAAGAUGGACGUAACGUUCAGUCCGUCGCUUCACAGGCAGAGACAUCAGUUUGUAGUCGACUUUGUCAAGAGGAACAAACCCAAAAAGGUGGUGGACUUGGGGUGCAGUGAGUGCAGCCUUCUCAAACAACUGAAGUUUCACCAUGAAAUUGAACUACUGGUUGGAGUGGACAUCAACAGUACUAAAUUACAAAAAAAGAUGCAUGGAUUAGCGCCUAUAUCAACUGACUAUCUGCAGCCAAGUUAUGAUCAGCUGCGCAUUGAGCUGUACCAGGGCUCUGUCACACAAAAAGACGCCCGCCUCAGAGGAUUUGAUCUGGUGACCAAUAUAGAGCUCAUAGAGCACCUCACUCUUGCUGAUGUGGAGCGCUUCUCUGAGGUGGUGUUUGGUUACAUGACCCCAGUGGCUGUUAUCAUCAGUACCCCAAACUCUGAGUUCAACCCCCUUUUCCCUGGACUGGCAGGUUUCAGGCACAGUGACCACAAGUUUGAGUGGACCAGAGCAGAGUUCAAGUCCUGGGCUCUGAAGGUGUGUUUGGAGUACGGUUAUGAGGUGGAGUUCACUGGUGUUGGACAGGCGCCAUCAGGCCAGCAGGAGAGAGUCGGCUUCUGCUCCCAGAUUGGUGUGUUUCACCGGCUCGGGGGGAGAGAGGGUUUCAACAUGCUGAUUGGUGAUGAUGCUGAGGAUGUGUUUUCAUACACAUUGCUGUAUAGUAUAAACUACCCUAGUCUGCAUGACAACAACAUCUUGCGGAGGGUCGUGGUGAGUGAGGUGUCGUACUGGGCAGAAAAGCUGAAGACAAGAUGGAUUGAGGAGAAGACUGGCGGAGGGGAUGCCACUGAUACACAGGCUGAGGGUGAAGGGGAGGAAUGCCUCAGAGCGUUGGAGCGACACUUGGAGAUUGAAGAGAAAGAGACAGCAGCAUGUGGAGCAGAGAUGAACAAUCUGGUGGAGUAUGAGGAAGGAAAGGAUGGAGAGCUGUUUUGGACUAACAGCCAAGGACAACAGGAGUCUUGCAAAUUGCGCAGGUGUGUGUCUGUACCUCUGACUGUUCUGUGGUCCUGCUGCCCCAAAGUCAGUGCCCUGAGUGGAACUCUCGAUAAUCUCCGACAUCUCCUGAUGGAUGACCCCGAAGUUAAACUGAGCCAGGACGGCUCUGCUGUGCUCCUAGAUGACCAGGAACAAGACCCUGAAGAAGACGAUCAUGAUGGUUUGGAGGACAGCGGGUAUACAGAGGCCAGCCAGUGCUCCCACAGUGCUGAGCCAGAGGAAGACUGGGAUGCAAGAGUUUGAUCUGAAGAUACAGCUCUGUUGUCAGGACAAGUAGGUGACUUGUUGAAUGAGCAAAAUGGUUUCCCUUGGUUACUACUGGACAGUGCAGUUGAACUAAUAAUUCCCAGCUGCACUGUAGAAACUUUGGCUUUUGAAUUUAUUAGAUGGCUUGUUUGGACUGCCACUUUGUGUUAGAUGUAAAUAAAUAUCAAUUGGCCUCAAAAAAAGGAGUAUACUGGCUAAGGUGACUUAGACAGUCCAAAUGUAAAUGGUACAAUAAAACUCUAAAUGUGA